CAAGAGCAAAGGGCAAGUGAAGCAAGAGCAUAUGGCAGGGGCCGCAGACAGCCAGCUCUCUGUCCUCCAGCCCAACACCAUCAACGUCCUGGCUGAGAAGCUGAAGGAAUCUCAGAAGGAUCUUUCCAUUCCCUUGUCCAUCAAGACGAGCAGCGGGGGCGCAGCUGUGGCAGUGGUCACCCACUCUCAGCCCUCUCCCACCCCCAGCAACGAGAGCACGGACACUGCCUCUGAGAUCGGCAGCGCCUUCAACUCCCCACUGCGCUCUCCCAUCCGCUCAGCCAACCCCACACGCCCCUCCAGCCCUGUCACCUCCCACAUCUCCAAGGUGCUCUUUGGCGAGGAGGACGGGCUGCUGCGCGUCGACUGCAUGCGCUACAACCGGACGGUCAGGGACCUGGGGCCUGUCAUCAGCACUGGGCUGCUGCAUCUCACGGAGGACGGUGUGUUCUGCCCGCUGGCUGUUGCAGAUGGUGGGAAAAGCUCGCCCUCUUCCAUCAAACCCGGUGAAGAGGCCCUGGUCGCGAUCAAACUGGACGAGAAGGAGGGCAGUGAGGCCAGUGACAGCAAAGAGAAGGUGGGACUUGGCAGGACCAGUGAUCACCCUGGGGGGGAAAAGUAUUCUCCCAAGUGGGCAGAGCUGCUGUCUCCAGCCUUCGGCCUGCUGUGCUGUUCUCUGGGCCAGGGGCUGGUGGGACCCUGCACCCCCAAAUCCCAGCCUGCUGGUAACUUCAUGGCCUGCCUGUGGCCUCCAGCCAGGGACAGGACCAGGAUUAGGCAGCACAAGCACACCAAGGGCUUCCUGGAGGAGAGCUGG